CGCCUCUCUCACGUGAUUAUGGCCCUGAUUCUUCUCUCGUUUUUCAUAGUUUUCCUGCUCCCUCCAACCAACGCUCAGGGCGAUCGACCUUCCCCGGGCUACUACCCUAGUUCAAGAGUUGCUUCACUAGGGUUUAACCAGGGCUUUAGGACCCUUUGGGGUCCUCAGAAUCAAAGGAUCGAGCAAGGCUCUUUAACAAUCUGGCUUGAUAGAAGCUCAGGCAGCGGAUUCAAAUCCCUCAACCGAUAUCGAUCUGGUUAUUUUGGUGCUGCCGUCAAGCUCCAACCUGGUUAUACAGCUGGAGUCAUUACAUCUUUCUACCUUUCAAACAACGAGGACUAUCCCGGGUACCAUGAUGAGAUUGACAUCGAGUUUCUCGGGACAACUACUGAUAAGCCAUAUACAUUGCAAACAAACGUCUACAUGAGAGGAAGUGGAGAUGGAAACAUUGUAGGCAGGGAGAUGAAGUUUCACCUUUGGUUCGACCCCACGAAAGAUUUCCACAACUAUGCUAUACUCUGGAGCCCUAACGAAAUCAUAUUUUUUGUCGACGACGUGCCAAUUAGAAGAUACCCAAGAAAAAGUGAUGCCACAUUUCCUCUAAGACCUAUGUGGGUGUACGGUUCGAUUUGGGAUGCAUCAUCAUGGGCCACCGAGGAAGGAAAAUACAAAGCUGAUUAUCAGUACCAGCCCUUUGUUGGGAGGUACAACAAUUUCAAAUUAGGUGGUUGCACCACCAAUGGCGAUGCCACUUGCCGCUCUAUAUCUGCUUCUCCGGCGGGUCCUAGUGGGCUGAGCAGCCAGCAAUAUGCAGCCAUGGCAUGGGUCCAGAGGAACUACAAGGUUUAUGAUUAUUGCGCAGAUCCUAGCAGAGACCACACCCAUACACCUGAGUGCUAGGUCUUAUUGGAGGGAAAAAAUCUAAAUUAAUAAAAGAAUAUAUCAAGGUCGAGCCUCAGGAUUUAGAAGGUCCAAAUUCCCGUUUUCUUAAAUUUCACUCUUUCCUUAUUUAAAAAUUUCCAAAAAAAAAAUGAAGUUGUUUUAAUUGUCUGGAGUGUUUUGAGAUGGGUCCACUUGCCAAGAAUAGAUGCAAGAGUAGUUGAAGCGUCCAAGCCUCCAAGAUUGGGAAGCGGAAUCCAUUU